UCCGACUUGAGUAGUCACACUAGGCGCGCGGUUAUGAUGUCACGCUCACGCGUUUUGCGUGCGUCCAAAAUACUUUACGUUGCACGCGUGGAGUGUGCUGUGAUCAAUAACGACAGGAUGAGCGUGGACGUGGAGCGUGUGUUGAUCCAGCUCCAGGAUGAGACCGGAGAGGUGCUCGGAUCCCCCUUCGAUGUGCCGCUGGACAUCAGUCCGGAUAAACUGCAGCUGGUCUGCAACGCACUGUUACAGAAGGAGGAACCUGUGCCGUACCUGUUCUUUGUGAAAGAUGCAGAGGUGGUGUCGUCCCUGGGCUCCUGUGUUCAGGAGUUGGGCCUGGAGACUGAGCAGGUGCUGCCGGUUGUGUACCAGCCGCAGGCUGUGUUUCGUGUUCGGGCCGUGGCUCGAUGCACCAGCUCUUUGGAGGGCCACACAGAGGCCGUCAUCUCGGUGGCUUUUAGCCCUACAGGAAAAUAUCUGGCCAGUGGAUCUGGGGACACGACAGUGAGGUUCUGGGAUCUGAGCACAGAAACACCACACCACACUGCUAGGGGACACACGCAUUGGGUUUUGUCCAUUGCCUGGUCUCCAGAUGGCAAGAAAUUAGCAUCAGGGUGCAAAAACAGUCAGAUCUUCUUGUGGGAUCCGAUCACAGGAAGUCAGAUCGGAAAGACCUUGACGGGACAUACGAAAUGGAUCACCUGGCUGUGCUGGGAACCUCUCCACCUGAACCCAGAGUGUCGAUAUUUGGCUAGCACCAGUAAAGACUGUUCGAUUCGGAUCUGGGAUACGGUUUUGGGCCGCUGUGAUAAGAUCCUGACCAGCCACACACAGUCUGUGACGUGUGUAAAAUGGGGAGGUGAUGGUCUCCUGUACACUUCAUCUCUGGACAGAACCGUUAAAGUCUGGAGAGCCAAAGAUGGGGUUCAGUGUCGUACAUUGCAAGGUCACGCUCACUGGGUCAACACGCUGGCCCUCAGCACCGACUACGUUCUGCGUACAGGAGCGUUUGAGCCGGCUACUGCAACCAUAAACCCACAGGAUCUCACUGGAUCAUUGGAAGAGAUCAAGGAAAAGGCUUUGAAGCGCUACAACAGUGUCAGAGGUGAAGGUCAUGAGAGACUGGUGUCAGGAUCAGAUGAUUUCACAAUGUUCUUAUGGAACCCAGCAGAGGAGAAGAAGCCAGUGGCCCGUUUGACGGGUCACCAAGCGCUGGUCAAUGAGGUGCUAUUCUCACCGGACACACGGCUGAUUGCCAGCGCUUCCUUCGAUAAGUCUAUAAAGAUCUGGGACGGAAAGACGGGAAAGUACCUGACCUCACUUCGCGGUCAUGUGGGGCCAGUGUACCAAGUGGCGUGGUCUGCAGACAGCCGUCUGUUGGUCAGUGGCAGUAGUGACAGCACUCUGAAGGUGUGGGACAUCAAGAAGGGCAAACUGAACGCAGAUCUGCCUGGACACGCUGAUGAGAUUUUUGCAGUUGACUGGAGUCCCGACGGACAGAGAGUGGCCAGCGGUGGAAAAGACAAGUGUUUAAGAAUAUGGAGGAAGUAACCCGGAGAGACCAGCGACCCCUGGCUCUGCACACAACAGCCAAUCAGGCGUCUCGAAGCAUCACCCCACAGGAUGGUGGACAGCAGUGUCGGAGCAUUAAGCCUUAGCCUAUUUGUCCAACGAAACCGCUUCGACAGCAUCACAAUAGCUGACAUAUAAUGCUCUCUGAUGUUGUCGGGCCAGAUAGCAGGAAGAUAAAACGCAGCCUUUUUUUUUAAUUUUUUUUUUGCCUGAUCCCCCACUCAAAUGAGCAAUUGCCCUGUGGAAGUGCAGGUGAACUGACCCAGUCUAAUCUGUGUAAUCUUUCUCACACACAUUCUUUGUAAUUAACUUAAUCCCUAAUACUGUGAUAUAGGCAGCAUUAACUGGGUCUGUUCCAGAGCCAAGAGAUAACCAGCGUCGUCACAGUGGACCGUACUACAUCAGCAGAGACGUUUUCUCAUUUAACAAGCAGUAAAAGGAUUUUUAUGGGACCUGUGUUGUGAGUGUGUGACUUUCUUAUCUUGAAUGAACAACUGUAGAGCAUCUAAAGCAGUUUGUUGUUAUCGCACAGCACAUAUAUGAUGUGAAGAGUCUUAAGAUGGAAUUCAAAGAGUUUGGAUCGAUUAUUCAAUAUUGGCUACUCAAAAAGGUCACAGGGCCGGGAAACUGAACCUAGUUGGUUUAUUGAAUCUGUGUGAAGUAUUCAGAAUCGGUUUUGAAGAAGCACUGCUUAUAUAGCGGACACAAACACAAAAGUAGCGUAACUAGUACAGAAUAAGCAGCCUUUGUGGGAAAUGCUUGAUGACAAAAAAGCUUAUAAUUAAAUUGUGCAAAUUUAAAAAAAGCUAUCAUUUAAAUUAUGAAAACACAAAACAUCAAGCUUGAAUGCCCAGGUCUUGAUGAUGCCACUCGGCAUGCAGGUUUUAUAUUGAGUAUCACGAAUGUCUGAGCCUCUACCAGUUUUGAGACUUACAUUUGACUUCUUAUAAAAGCACAUUUUCAGUGUACCUCAGAGCUUUGCAUGUAAACUAGGACAAAAGAACAUGUGCAUUACAUACUUGGUUGUGCUAUUACGUUUCAUGCCACAUAAGUAGACUGUCUCACGACAACCUCUAUAAAAGCAUGGUGGUGAGAAGACACUUG